AUGGGGUUCGAGUGUUUGGUUUUCAACAAGGACUUAAGAAGUGGCAUGGGUGCUGCUGAAAACCAUUGUUACAAUUUGUCUGGCGUGUGCCGAAGGGACAGCUGCAAAGUAACAGAAGAUGAAAUUGGUGGCUGCCGAAGAAGGUGGAAAUGCUGUAGGAUGUGGUGGAUUCAAAUGCCCAUUCCAACGCCAGUAAUCUUUUCAGAUUAUCAAGAACCCUUAAAGGGAAGGUUGAAAUGAAACACAGAAAAACACCCAUUGAAAAAUUCUUUGCAACUAGCACUAGAACAUACAUAUUAAACUCUUCUGGCUUCAUAAUCAGUUUCUCUUUUCCAUUGUCAAUAAAAGUAAAUGAAUAUUGAU